GAGAACACUGAUAAGCGCAACGACCGUUUUGUGGUGGUCUUUUGUUUUUCUUGUUGUAUUAGUACUGGUACACCGGGCUCUUCGAUGCAGCGCUUAGUGUGCGGAAUGAGGGCGCGGGGCGGGUCCUCGCUUCUGCGCCGUGCACUCUGUGCCGCGUCGCCGCCUUCACAAAUGCAGCAGCGUUGGCUUUCUUCUGCGCCACCAGCAGAUGUGGAGCUGCGCCCCAGGACAGGUGAGCAGCGACACAACGAAGAGACGGCACACCUGCCUUCCACGGAUGUGCGAGCAGAGGGCGACGCUGCCUUUGACGAGGACUUCGAUGAGCUCGAGGCCGCUUCGCAGGAGCUGCACGAUUUGUGCUACGCGAUGAUUGCCCACCUGCGCUUCACCGACCCGAGCGCCGACAAAUCUCUCUUUGAGCGCCGGGUGAAGCGUUCCCUUCGUGAGCCGAAGCCGGAGCGAACGCGCCGCCUCAUCCACGAACACGGUGACCGCAGUUGCCACCGCCGCAAUAACUACCUCUCCGCCAAGGACUUUCACGAAGCGAACAAGCUCUUUCUGGAAUGGGGCAACAAGGUGCUGCUGCUGCUCACGAAGCCGGUGCUGGACCGACUGGUGCAGAGUGCCGGGAAGGGGCACCGUGAUCUGAGGUCCGAUGGCGUGCACCAGUACCGCCGUCCGCUGGACCGCGCAACGUGGCGGACCUUCCCGCACCGCUGGUUUAAGCACGCACCCUUUGAGGUACAGCAGCUGCGGGCCGACAUUCCGCAGUCGGCGGUGCUGAACACCCGUUUCUACCGCGAUCAUGCUACACUGCGCUACCUUUUUACUCUUAUGGAGCCGCAGCACGCCUUUCGCUCUCCGAUAGAACAACGCCUGUUCGAUCUUACAAAAAGUUACGACCCGGCCUCGUCACUUGGGAAGCGGUGA